AUGGAUUCCGAUAACAAAAAAACACAAAAAAACUGGAAAAACUCGCUACUCUACCUCACCUUUAUUAUCACAAUCGUUCACCUCACACGUCAAACCAAUUUCUCACGUAAACUAACAAUCGACACCAAAACGGUGCGUAUCAAGAAAACCUCCGAUCUCCCUCUCCGGUUCCGUUCCGACGGUACCUUCAAAAUCCUCCAAGUUGCUGAUAUGCAUUAUGGAAAUGGAAUUUUAACAAGGUGCAAGGACGUGUUGGCUUCUGAAUUCGAGUUUUGUUCUGAUCUUAAUACUACUAGGUUUUUGAAGCGGAUUAUUCAUGCUGAGAGUCCUGAUUUUAUUGCAUUUACUGGAGAUAAUAUAUUUGAACCAAGCAGUUCUGAUGCUGCCGAAUCUCUGUUUCAAGCCUUCGGUCCUGCCAUGGAGUCAAGACUUCCUUGGGCUGCAAUUUUGGGAAACCAUGACCAAGAAUCAAAUUUGAAUCGUGAAGAGUUAAUGUCCUUAAUCUCCCUUAUGGACUAUUCAGUUUCCCAGGUCAAUCCGUCAGAUGCUAAAAUUGAUGGUUUUGGAAAUUAUAACCUAAGAGUAUAUGGUGCCCUAGGUUCCAUGCUGGCAAAUAGUAGUGUUUUGAAUCUUUUCUUUCUUGAUAGUGGCGAGAGGAUAACAUAUCAGGGACUUCGAACUUAUGAUUGGAUCAAGGACUCUCAACUUCAUUGGCUGCGUCAUGUGUCUCAUGAACCCGAGGGACAAGAGCAGGAUCCUCCUCAAUCUAAUGAUCAUGAUACUACUCCAAUUUCACCGCCAGCACUUGCAUUUUUCCAUAUUCCGAUCCCAGAAGUUCGGAACCUGUUUUACGAAAAGAUUGUUGGCCAAUUUCAAGAGGGCGUAGCUUGUUCACGAGUGAACUCACCGGUCUUGCCAACGCUUGUCUCGAUGGGAGAUGUGAAGGCUGUAUUCAUAGGCCACGACCAUAAAAAUGACUUUUGUGGAAAAUUGGAUGGCAUAUGGUUUUGUUAUGGUGGCGGCUUUGGCUAUCAUGCCUAUGGAAAAACGGGGUGGCCAAGAAGAGCAAGGAUUAUACUUGCUGAACUUGAGAAGGGAAAAAAUUCUUGGACUCAAGUGCAGAGAAUUACAACAUGGAAACGACUUGAUGAUGAGAAGCUGAGCAAGAUUGAUGAACAAAUCCUAUGGGAUCGAUUGUUUUCUGGAUGA